CAAAUUGUAAUUAACAUACCAACACCACUAAAGACGCUGCAAGUUUUCAAACAAAAGUGGGAACGCCGUGAAGACCACAAAGCAAACUCAGCAAAUUCGCAAACUUUCAGAAUAAGAAUUCACAAGCUGAGAUGGAGAGCAAGGUCUUUGUCCAAUACAACCACACCGAUCCCUGUGCAUUUGCGCGCUGGACUACCAAGGAAAGCUUCCAGUUCAUGUCAGCCAGGCCUUGGCAACAAGUCAUCGACUUUUAUUCCGAUGUGGUAAAGGGUCAGAAGCCCUUGUCUGCGUUGUUGGGUACUUCUUGUUUGAGUAAAAACAGAAUUUACAAUAGUGUAGAGUGUGUAAAUUCUCAAAAUAGGGGUGGGAGGUGGGCAAGACUGACGUUCAAGAUUGUGGUUUCGUAUCAUGGGGGUUCCUUUGAUGGGUGGCAAAAGCAGCCGGACCUCUACACUGUCCAAAGUGUUGUUGAACAAUCUCUUGGGAAAUUUGUUGAUGAGAGGAAAGCCCAGAUGCUGAAAGACAGAGGGUUGCCAUUGGAAGGGGCUGCUACUGUCGCGGGACGGACCGAUAAAGGAGUGACAGCCCUUAAUCAAGUUUGUUCUUUCUAUACUUGGAGAAAGGAUGUGCAAUCUCAAGAUAUUGCAGAUUCUAUAAAUAGUGCAGCACCAGGAAAACUCAGGACAGUAUCUGUUACUGAGGUGUCACGUGUAUUCCAUCCAAAUUUUUCUGCCAAAUGGAGGCGUUAUUUGUAUAUGUUUCCAUUUAAUGAUGAUGAGGAGGACGGAGAACAAAGCAAUGAGACUGGAGAGAAUACUCAAAAAUUUAAGAUUAAAGAUAAUCAGCAUGAAGUGGUAUCUGAUAAAUGCAAUGAGGAAAAUGUUGGAAACUUAAUCAUCACUGAUGACGUAGAGUUUGAAACUGAGAAGAAGCCACGGAUGUUCAGCGUAAGCAGGGUGAACAAACUUUUACAGAAACUAGAAGGAAAGUUAUUAUCAUAUAAGCUAUUUGCACGCGACACCAAAGCAUCCAGAAAUGAGGGUCCACCAACAGAGUGUUUUGUCUUCCAUGCUCGAGCAAGAGAGUACAGAUUACCGUGUUCGGAGCAUGAAAAAGGGAGAAGGGUCAUGUGUAUCGAACUGGUUGCCAACCGAUUCUUACGCAGGAUGGUUCGGGUUCUUGUGGCAACCUCAAUUAGGGAAGCCGCUGCAGGUGCAGAUGAGGACGCAUUGCUAAAACUGAUGGAUGCAACAUGCAGACGUGCUACUGCUCCCCCAGCUCCACCCGAUGGUUUAUGCCUUGUUGAUGUUGGUUAUGAAGAAUUCGAUCCACUAGAUUGCCUCAUCUCGAAGGAGUAAAUCGACUAGGAAAUCGACAUAGAUGCAGCUUCCUACAUUUAGAUGAAUUUCACAAAGUAGGCACUCCAUGAUUUUGACGGAAAUGCAAGUCAUCCAGUGGACUUAAAAUUUCACAUUCAUUAUGUAUCUUGUUGUACGCGUUACAUUUGUUAACACUUCUUGUUCUUGUUCAAUUGUCACAUGUAACCACUUGGUAGAGAAAUUUUGACAGAUGUUGAAAUUUGGCUUUGACUUGUGAGAGCUAGUCCAUUUUAGUUCUUUGAUGCUGUCUGGGUAACCAGGUCGGUUGUCUUUUAACCAAGAAAUAUAUUGAAUUGGCUGAUUGUUUAUUAUC